AUGGUAAAGACGAGGUUAAAAGGCGGAAGAACAAAGAUGGCGGCCGGCUAUGCAUGGUUCCUUGUCCUGGUUUCGGUUUUUCUCUGCAAUCUCAUGAAAACACUCCUUCCGUGUAUAACAUCAUUCGUAAGUAGAAAUGCACUCAUUAAUUGACUUUUAACGCCACGGGUAGCGUACGACCUGCCAUACAUAAGCCAAUUUCAAUGAGAGGAAAACAAAAGCUAGUGCUAACCAGGGCUAACCAGCUAGCUUUCACAUCCUAUCCGUCCAGCUACAAACGGGGGUGGGCGUAUCCGCGUUACUAGCUUUAUAUUAAGAGGAAACAUUCAGCCUGCCCAUAGUAAUGUGGCCAGCGCUGUGCACGUUAUUUGGUAGGGGGGAACAUUUUUGUUAGCGCAUGUAAUGUCCAAGGGGAAUAGCGCGGUUGAGAGUAGCCUGUAUGUGGCUAAUAACAGUAGUGUUAUGUCGUUCGCGAAUGAUUCGUUCAAAGGAACCGAAUCUUUUAAGUGAACUUACUGAUCCGAAUCACUUCCUCAAGUGAUUUGUUUGUUUCUCACUUCAGUUGAGCUGUCAGCAGUGCAGCUGCUAUAGCACGCAGCAUUGCCAGGUGAGCAGAGGGACAGCAUGCACCAACAACUGAAUCAACAACUUGUUUUGUUUACUGCUAAAUUGCCAUCACAACAAAUACAUACAAAAGGACACAGCAUGUUACAAGAAGUGCAUAAAACCUGCAGCAUCCUGUCAUUGCAGCGAUUUGCAAGGGAACGAAUUAUGUUCAGUGUGAAUUUUUCAAAAUGUUAAGUGGACGAAUCACUCACUUAAGCCCAACUUACUGAGCAAACCUGAUAAAUAGUAUACCAUUGGACUGUACACUUAAAACAUCAUGAGUUGUAAACAAGUUCAUUUUUACAAACCUGUUUGCCAAAGCAACACAGCCACAACACUCUCAUCUCCCGGUUCCAGAAGCUAUGAUCUGAACUGAAUCCUGAAUCGUUCAGUUGUGUAUCAGUUCAGGAAGUGAGAGUUGCAGACUCUUCCCGCUAAGCGCUAAUUGAUUCGGUGAACAAAUCUUUUGAACAAAUCUAUUUAGUGAACCGAUUCUAGUGAUUUGUUGCAUCUAAAAGAACUGCUAUGCUCAUCACUAAAUUACAGGAGCCUUUAGUUGUGUACACAUGAACUCUGGGUAAUUACCUCUGCUUUGGUGCUCGGAGUAGGAGGCAGUUAUAUGAAGGUAUUGUUGGUGCAAGAGGUUUGUGCAUCUGUAACAUGUAAUUUGUAGUUGUGUACAGUGAUUGUGCAUGUGUGUUAGUAACUGGGAAAUGCGCACUCUAUGAGUUGUGUAUUUGUAGAUUUUCUCCCACUCUUCGUGUAGAGAGCCUUAUUUCCUCUGAUUGGCUGUGAGACGAAAUGCUAUCACCUCUGAUUGGUUGUAAUACCCAUCAAACUCAGAUCAGCGACCGCCUUUUGCACCAAAGAAUUCAGUGACCCGAUCUUUGGAAGUGAUGGGCACGGCAGUUCUUUUUGAUGUACUGAAUCACUAGAAUCAUUCACUAAAAAGAUUUGUUCAAAAGAUUCAUUUACCAAAUCACAGAAUCACUUAACACUUGGCAGUAGAAGCCUGCGACUCCGACCUCCUGAACUGAUACACAGCUGAACGUUUUAGGAUUCACUUCAAUUCAGAGCUUUGUUUGAGUGUUUGGCUGUGUUGGUUUGGCAAACAGGUUUGUAAAAAUGAACUUAUAAGUCAUGAUGUUUUAAGUGUACUGUCCUAUGGUAUGUUAUUUAUUAGGUCUGGACUCAGUGAGUUAUUCAUUCAAUGAGCGUUUAGAAGAAUUUACACUGAACAUGCACCGUUCCCUCGCAUACCACUGCAAAGAUAGGAUGCUCCGGGUUUAAUGCACUACUUGUUACAUGCUCUGUCCAAUUGCAUGCAAGUUGUCGUGGUGGCAAUUUAGCAGUUAAAAAAGAAAAGGUAGUUUUGUCCGACAAAAAUGAUUCCAGAGAGUGUAGCUCAAUGCGUGAUUCGUUCACCAUGUGACUCAGGCAUUGGUGCAUGGCAUCCCUCGAUCGCCAGCUGCUGGCUUGGCAAUGCUGUUUCUCACUUUAGCUCAACUGAAGUGAAAAACGAACGAAUCACUUGGGGAAGUGAUUUAAUUCAGUACGUUCACUUCAAAGAUUCAGUUCUUUUGAACACAUCGUUCAUGAAGUUCACAUAGAGAUCUACACAUAUUCAAAUUUUGUCCACAACAUCACAUUGCUCCAUACAGGUGCACAAUUGCACCAAAUAGUCUGCAACAAUUGGAGCAAAAAUGUGAGUGUGUUAGAGUUUGAAACUGUGACAUGUAAAGUACAAUUCGUGAAUGUGUAAAUAUUGUGUUGUACUUGUGGAAAUAAAAUAAAAAAAUCAACAAGUACACACAAAAAAUCUACAAGUACACAACUCAUAGAGUGCAGAUUUCACAUUUACUACUACACACACACACAAUCACUGUACAAAGCUACAAAUUACAUUUUACCGAUGCACAAACCUUUUGCACCAAAAAUACUUUCAUACUUUGAAGUCAUUACAUGUGUGUCAUUGUGUUACUUCCUUUUUUUCAAGCUGACAAAGAUGAUGCAGAAAGAUGCUGAACAGGAGAGUGAAAUGAGAACCGAAAUCCAAGAGAUGAAAAAGGAGCAGUCUUCAAUAAGCAUGAUGGAUGAGUUUGCUAGAUAUGCAAGAUUGGAGCGCAAAAUCAACAAGAUGACAGACAAGCUGAAAACACAUGGUAAGGCAGAUAUUGUUUAUCUAGAGACACCAUUUAAACUUUAAAAUGUAGACACAAGUCUCAUCUGUCAGUGUAUUCAUCCACAUUUUGAUAGGUAUUGUAGUUUUUGCUCACUCACUGUUCAAUGACCAUGAUCAUUUUUGGAGAAAAUUUGAGAUUAUAAUGGGUGUGUAUUGUGUAGAACCUUCUUGCCAGCUAGAGUGAGAGACAUUGCAUGAAACUGUCAGAACUUUUCUCUUUCCAAGCUCCUCCUGGCCACAAAUUACACUCUAGACGCAUAUUUAAGCCCAAGUGUGAGACCAGUGCUGAGGUAAAAAAUCGCUUUUUAUCAUGACAUUUUGACUGCCUUAGCCUGUGGUGCAUCUAUCGUCAUGGGCAACCAGUUCAAGUUGCUGUGGCAACCUGUGACCCUCAGGCCAGGCCCACAGCUGAAACCAACUCUCUAAUCAGGGAGUGCCCUGAUAUUUCUGCAUCAUUGAAUCACUUUUAGAGCAAUUUGAAAAAAACAAUUAAACUGACUCUCAAUCAAAAUCCUUGUUAGGGUCACUGGGCAAAAGCACUGAGGCACUAGCCCCCUAUACAACAGAGAUGCUAUAAACUUUACAGCAGGCCCCUAUACAAUAAUGCCUCAGGACUUGGAGGCACUGUUGGUUUAUUGUAGACUUUUUUCUUGUUCCUCUUCAGGCCAAAUUUCAAUUCACUACCUACAACUUGAAGAGUUGUAGGACAAAUUAUAUAUCAAAACAUGGGGUUUGAUUGGGGUCAGUGUGUCGUUACUGGUCCCAAUUCUAUGAGUUUUUUAUGACACAAGAUGCAAAAAAGGUUGUAAAAAUUUUGCACUGAAGUCAAUGAAUGAGCCCCCCACCCGAAAACAAGGACAAUUACAGGAGUUUUUUAAUGUCUACUGCUCCAGAUCUGUUUUGUCUUUGUCGUAUAAAUUAGUGCUUGAAAAGGAAUGUUUGUUGCGGAUGUGCUCCUUGUAUAUGAUAUCACAAUGCUACUAGUGGCCUAUUAAUUCUUUGACAUCUCUGAAGAAUCUCAUUAUAACGUACACACUCUGGUAGUAGCCCCCGAGACCCUUUCAAAAUUUCCAAGAGGGAAUUUUCUGGUUUAUUUUUAUUCCCCUAAAGAUUUCAGUUUGUUGUUCAAUUGAGUAGUACAGUUUAUAGGUCACACUAAAGGUGAAAAAGAUUCUAAAAUAAUUUAUCUUGGUCUAAUCUUUUAACAUAAGAAAAACCUGGAAUUCCAACAGGGGUGUGUAGACUUUUAUAUACACUGUAGAAAACUUUCCUCUUGUAUUUAAACUGACAAACAGGCUAAGACUCACAAGGGUAUUACAGUGGCUUUGACACCACAAAACGGUGUGUUGGGUCUAACUAUAUUGUCUGUUCUGUUUUUUUUUUUAAAUUAAACAGUGAAAUCAAGAACAGCUCAACAAGCCAAAAUGAAAUGGAUUGUGAACAUUGUCUUUUACAUACUGCAGGUAGGUGGAUAAGUGAAAACACUAAGGCAUUGUCUUUCAGUUUUUAUAUCACUGUUAGAUGAUCUAUCUUCGCUGUGCUGUUAUGGCUGUGUGUGUAUUUAGUACAAGAAAAUCAGUUACCGUUAUGUCUGUUUUGCUUCCUGGCAAUAUUAUUAAAUAAUAUUUUAACAUUAUAAACAGAAGAAAAAGUUGUUACUUGCAAAAUGGAAAGCUUGAAAUUAAAACAGAAAAUUCAUAUUAGUCAUAUACAUAUAAUCCCAUAUGUACAUAUUUCUUUAUCAGGCAGCUCUGAUGAUCUCAUUGAUAUGGAAGUAUUACUCUGAUCCGGUUACUGUGGUCCCAAGUAGAUGGAUUGCUCCUGUGGAGCGCCUUGUGGCCUUCCCAACAGGAGUGGCAGGUAAUAAAUCUUUGCUUGAUAUUUUAUGGAAUAUGAUGUAUAAACAUAACCUGCAUAAAAUAUCUACUAUGACAAUAUUUUUCACAUAGGAUUGAUUUGUUUGAUACAUUGUCUUUGCAUAGAUGCAGUGUUUCCUGCAGAGUGAUGCUGUACCUGCAGCAAGGGAGAUUACGAGAUAGGAGACGAGUAAUUAGUAUAUAACCUUUUUGUGUUAGGUCAUGUCUAAUAAUUCUAAUACUACUGCUAAGUAUUGAUUUAGCAGAUCAACAGCAGAUUUCACAAAAAGCCUCAAAUAACACAGCCGGUGUUGUGAGCUCACACUUAUAUCAUAGGUGAUCCACAUGUAGGCAAGACUUGUUAAUUAUGUAACGACCCAACACUAAGAUAGAGCAGGAUGACACUUAAAGCAACCAGCAUCACAAAACUGUAAAAUCAGAAUAAGAAGGUCUUUAUUCAACACAAAUACAGUCUAGGUGUGGGAAACUCUGGUGAAUUACAGUGAUUUGUUUUCUUGUCACCUAUAGUUGUCAUAAAUCUGAAGGUGUUUAUUUAUUUAUUUAUCAAAGAAUUGUUCUUUAUUUCAGGUGGAGUGGGAAUAACAUGCUGGUUGGUGGUUUGCAACAAAGUAAUUACACUGGGUCUCCAUGCUGUCAGCUAGAGACUUAAGCUGAAUGAGGUUCACUAUUACUUAACAUUCAGUGAAGGAGAUCAGUGGUCUCUGGACUCUUCUGCCUUCUUUAUUUCAACGUCUUCAGUGAAAAAUGUUGGGAUGCAAUUAAAUUAUAAGGAGCCCAUAUUGCUGUGAUUUUGCUGCUGAUUUUUUUUUAAAGUUGUUUAAAUUAUUCAUAAGGAUGUUUUUAGUUACUGUAACUAUUACAGUAAUUUGGAAGUUUUGAGGUUCUCAAGGAAAAAUAAAAACAUUCAUCAGAGAUAUGAUUCUUUCAUAUUUUUCUGUGAUUCUGGAUAUUUUAUUUUGAAUUAGUGAAUGAUGUGAACCAUCAAAGCCAAGUUAAAAGAUAGAAGGCAAUAGAGUUUUCAGUGAAAAAAGGAGGAUCUUGGUACAGUCAGGCCUAAAUGUGGGACCAUACUAUUUAUUUCCAGUAGUUUUGCUACUGUUUACGAUAACCUUAGCCUGUCAUUGAGCCGCAGCAAGCCGUGUUAGCUGUAUUUUUUUUUUUAAAUAACAGUGCUGUGUGUUAAUUGUACAAUAUGACAUUGUCUGUCUGGUAACAGCACAACAUUGUGUUAAUAAAAUAUGAUACAUUUUUGAUUGGCAUUUUGACUUUCAUGCGUCCCCUUAAGCGACUGUAAUUUCUGUGACAGCAGCAGAUUGAUUUAUCAUUUCAUUCCCUGUGGUAAAUAUAGAAAUGUAAAAAUAUAACAUGAUACAUUUUUUAAAUCAAAAACAACUUUUUGAUAUAAAACAAGUGUGAGAGCAAGCAGAUUAUUUAGCAUUUUUAAAAAUGAUUUUCAAAAAUAAACUUCAACAAAUUCGUUUUCAAAUUGUUAAUAAAAGUGCUUUAAAGGUCUGAAUAUAAGCUCUUCUUGAAUACAAGACAAACAAAUAUAAUCUAUUAGUAUAAUGGAACAAUUAUUUAUAGUAAUAACAUCAAUUUUACAAAAAUGAAGGAAAAUGAUCAUUCUUGCAGUAUAACAAUAGAGAGUCACCUAUCAUUGUCACAGGGGACACCAUUUUUUGAUGGUCAUAUAAAAACUGUUGCAGGUUUAAUACUAAAGUCUACCCAGAGCAAUGUCCAUGUUGGAGUGGGUCCUCUUUCACACUGGCUGCUAUCUUGCGCCACCAUGUUUCUACAGCACCACCUAGUGGGCUAACAAAGCUGUUUUGUGUUAAGUGAGUUGCAUUAAGUAUAGUGGUUGAAAGACAAAGAAGAGAGUUGUUGCUCUGCUCUACAGGCUUUGCAUUAAAAGAUAUUUUGAUGGCAAAAA